GCCCAGCGAUAUCAGUCUCACUAGAUCAUUUCAAACAACCAACAAUCAAAAUGAAGAUCACCUAUUUAGUAGCGUUUGCCUGUGCACUUUACAUUGCCCAUGCAGCUUCGAUAUCCACUUCUGAAAGACAGAAGAGGAGUCCUAUCAUAGGGGCUGCAGCAUUAGGAGGUGGUGCCUUAGGGGCGAGUGUAUUGGGCGCAGGAGUUUUAGGAGCUGGACUUUUGGGAGCCGGUGCUCUUGGAGCUGGAGCUGUUGGUCUUGGUGUUGCUAAGGGGGCUGUUAUUGGAGGAGUUGUUGGAAAAAGCAUUGGAGGCGGAUACGGUGGUGGUUAUGGCGGCGGAUACCACACUUACAGCCAUCCAACUGAAGUUCAUGUAGUCCAUCUACAUGACCAUCAUUACGAUGGAGGAUAUGGAGGAGGUUACUCCUAUGGAGGUGGUUUCGGAUAUGGAGGUGGAUAUUCUGGUUGGUGAGCCCUUCUUUAAAACGGGUACCACAAAGGGAAUGUGAAGUACACAUACGCUUGUAUAAUAAGUUAGUUGUUAAUAAAUUAUUAUUUUCUUUGGUAAA